AUGCUCAUCGGCAUCGCCAUGGGAUUCGGAGUGGUCCUGGCUGGCGGAGUAAUGGCAAAGGGCGGUGCCCUGGAGUGGGGCGUAUUGGUGGCCUUCGCCCUCUACAUCCAGCGGUUCUUUGAGCCCGUACGACACCUGACGAUGCAGUACAGCAUGCUGCAGCGCGCUAUGGCCGCCGGCGUGCGAAUCUUCCAGGUACUGGACCUCAAACCCGAGGUUGAAGACGAUCCGGACGCUCCUGACCUGCCGGAAGUCCAGGGCGAAAUCCAGUUCGAAGACGUUAGUUUCCAUUAUGUGCCGGGCGUAGACGUCCUGCACGACGUCAACCUGCAUAUCCGUCCGGGAGAGAACGUUGCCAUCGUAGGUUCGACUGGCGCAGGGAAGAGCACACUGGUAACUCUGAUAGCCCGCUUCGCCGACGUUACACAGGGGCGGAUCCUGGUGGACGGCCACAACAUCCGGCACAUCACCCGGAGUUCCCUGGCGGGGCAGAUGAGCAUGGUCCUGCAGGAGCCAUAUCUGUUCUCAGGCACAGUGGCAGAAAACAUCCGCUACAAUGAAGAGGAUGCCUCCUUGCAGGAGGUUAUUGACGCGGCCAGAACAGUUGGUGCUCACGAUUUCAUCAUCAAUCUGGAGAACGGGUACGACACAGUAUUGGCGGAACGGGGAGUGAACCUCAGCGUGGGACAGCGGCAACUUAUCAGUUUCGCCCGCGCCGUUAUUGGAAAUCCCCGAAUUAUUAUUCUCGAUGAAGCUACCGCCAACAUCGAUCACCAACCGAGUUUGCUUGAUACAACGUUCGCGCCGCGUGUGCUG